AUGUCUGUUGUAUCUCUCUUGGGCGUCAACGUCCUCAACAACCCAGCCAAGUUCGGUGAUUCCUAUCAAUUCGAAAUCACCUUUGAGUGUUUGGAGUCUCUACAAAAAGAUCUCGAAUGGAAGUUGACCUACGUCGGAUCUGCUACUUCCGACCAACAUGACCAAGAGCUCGAUUCCCUCCUUGUUGGCCCAAUUCCAGUUGGUGUAAACAAAUUUAUCUUCGAAGCGGAUCCACCCAAUACCAAGAAAAUUCCUGACGCUGAAAUCCUCGGAGUCACCGUCAUUCUCCUUACAUGUGCCUACGACAGCAGGGAGUUUGUGCGAGUUGGAUAUUAUGUCAAUAAUGAAUACGAUUCAGACGAGCUCAAUGCUGAUCCCCCAGCAAAACCGGUCCUGGACAAGGUCCGUAGGAACAUACUUGCUGAGAAGCCACGAGUGACCAGAUUUGCUAUCAAAUGGGACUCUGAUGAUUCCGGUCCCGCUGAAUUCCCACCUGAUCAGCCUGAGGCAGACUUGAAUGCCGAUGGAGAAGAAUAUGGUGCCGAGGAAGUCGAGGAUGAAGAGGAAGAGAUCGCAGAAGGUGCCGAAGCUGCAGCCGAUCCCGACGCCAUGGUCCAAGACUCCGAGAUGGCCGGAGCAGAAGUCGACCCCGCUGCUGCAGAAGAAGAGGAUGAGGAUGCUGGCAGUGAAGAUCUUGAGGCCGAGAGCAGUGGCAGCGAGGACGAAGAACUUGAGGAGGAAGAAGAGGCUGAGGGUGACGCUAAUGAGGAUAUGGAUAUGGAUGGCGUUGAGAAGCCUAAUGGUUCAAAUGGCGCCGCUGAGCACCAGCACCCAGUGGCUGAUGCAGUCAUGGCUCAUUGA